AGGCACAUCUUACACUCAUAAACGUAGAGUAAAGCUCGCCUAUAAUCAUAGGAGAAACAGUGAGGCACCAGGUUCUUCUGUCCAAGUACCCGAUGAGGUCCGUGUGACUCAAAAAAAAGCUCACCCUGCAAACAAAGCUGUAAUGUCAGUAGGGACAACCCAUUUAUCAAGUGUUGCGGUCAUUUCACAGAGCAACAGUGACAGUGGCACGUGCUCUCAUUGGUCCACUGAGUCCAGUACACCAACCAUUCCAGAAGAAAUAGAUGCUUCAAAUAAAGCUACAAUGCCAGAAGCAAGGGCCAAUGCCUCAAGUAUUGAUGUUUCACAAAGCAGCAGUGAGAGUGCAUAUUACUCGCAUAGGCCCAUGGUAUCUAUUGGUCAACUUAAUCCGGUACAAAGAGAUUUGGGGGAUGCACUCCAAGAGGCAGUUGAUAUAUUUGGGCGGGAAAACAAAGAUGCUGAUGAAUUAAUUGCCAAGACACGCCAAGAGAUACAUGAAUUGAAAAAUAGGCAAACUUUGACAGAAAAUGUUCUAAAGAAUCUCCUAUGCACUUGUCAUGGUAAGCCAGUUGUGAUGUGUCUGGGAAUUGAAGGUGUCUAAAUAAACUUUGAUUCUGUUGUUCAGUCAAGUGGACUGCUGAUGCCAAUGCUGUAACUAAUUACUGCUCAAAAUUUCGUUCAAAAUUUCGUGGUCUGUAAUAAUUGCAAAUUUUGUUGUUGUACUAAAAUUAGAUAUGUUCCAUGUGGCUGCUG